AAUCAUUGCAUGGUUAUUAUACAUAUCCAUGAAUUGAACACUAAACACAAUGACAUUUAAUUUUUGCAAUCAUCGAAUUUCUUUUCCCUUUAGAGCUAAGAGAAUGAAAAGGUUGUUGAAGAUUUCGAUGAUAGUAAUAAGUUUAGUAAGCAUUAUUCCUUUGUGCUCACCGAGUCAAAGUUUUCCAGAGGACUAUCUUGAAGGUCAUAAUGUUGCACGUGCUAAAGUUGGAGUUAAGCCAUUGAAGUGGGACAAAGAACUAGAAUCACAUGCUCAUAAGUUUGUGAAUGAACAUAUUGCAAAUUGUAAAGGAAUAAUGUCUAUGUCUCAUUCUUCUAAUAGUAUGUACGGCCAAAACUCUGGAUAUAAUCCGUAUCAUGCUUCAGCAGCAUCUGCAGUGAAGGCAUGGGUAGCACAGGAACGAAACUAUGACCCCAUAUCUAACAAAUGCAUUGAUGGUAACCCUGCCAGUUGUCAUUGCUACGUUCAAGUUGUUUGGGGUGCAUCAACUUAUUUAGGUUGCGCAAGAGGUGACUGCCACAAUAAUGAAGGCACCCUUGUUACUUGUUAUUAUGAUCCUAGCGCCAACUUUCCAGCUCAACGCCCCUACUCAAUAAUGCAUUAAUUAUCGGAUUAAACUCAUCUAUAUAUUCCUCCUCUAUACUCUAUAACCUAUACUAGCUAUUUUUAGGAAAAUAUUAAGUCAUCAUGGUUCAUCGGUUCUUGUCAUUAUUCCAUAAAAAUAAAGAGAAUCAUUCAUGUAAAAACAUUUUAAAUCAUGCCAAAAGCUCAAAAUCGAAUUU